AUGGGAUACGUUCGUAUCAGUUUUCCCCGAGCCUUCGUGAGUCUUGGCUUCUUCCGUUGCCCACUGCUAUUGUGGUCCUUCAUAUUCUUCCUUGCUGGCGGUGCUUGUGUUUCUCGGCUGACACUGCCAAUGGCUAUCGUUGUCAGUCUAUUGAGUGCGUUCUUGGGUUGUGUUUGCUAUGGCAUCUCAUGGAUGCGCGGCCAGCGCACACCCAUGGUGAAGAGACAUCGUCAAUUUCAUCACGCAUGGUCUACCUCGAACCCAAAGCCCAAGCGGUGUGAGCGGGGAGCUCCUCGAGCAAUCACGGCAGGGAAGCUCCGAGACUUCUUAGACUUUUUCCGGGAAUUCAUUCGGGAGCGGUCCAUGUACUAUGUCUGCUCGAACAUCGUGAUGCCCUUGACGAAGCCAGUUAAGCUCUCCUUCGCGGAGCUCAUCGGCCCCAAUGAGCUCAACUGGUUUGUUUCUCAUUAUUGGGGUACACCAGUCCAGCAUUUCGUGGCGGCAGUGUGCAAGCACGGGUUUGCCCAUGCAGGUGACGCUUGGCGAGACUCGGAGUCCUCCUUCUAUUUGGCGUUGAGAAGCCCCAAUUGCCUGGGUACUGCUAUGAUACUCGACGAAGAGGCCUUACCUUUGCAGCGGCUCUUGCUCUGCACUUCUACAGGGGUCCUCCAGCAAGGCCAAGCGGGCACUGAUAUUGCCAUGGCUGUUGCCAAGAGGUUAGCCGCGCUGGAUCUCCGCAACGCGCAAGCAUCGGAUGAAGGAGACAGACUCAUGAUUCACGGCCUCAUCGAAGCAAUGCCCGGGGGCUUUGACGCAAUGAACCAAUUCGUCCGGGAGUCCAUCCGCAAUGCCCUGGUAACCAUGCAUCAGCAGUUUCUAGGAACAUGUGGGAACCAUUCUAUGUUUCUUCAGGCCACUUUUCCACUAUAA